AGUGGUGGCGAAAAAAAUGGAUUUGGAAAAGCUUUAUAUUCUCGUCUUCUGCUAAAUCUAGUUCAAUGGAUAACUUGCCGAAGAGAGUUGAGUUUUGGAAGGACAGAUGGGAUGAUAGACACAUUGGAUUUCAUCAAGCAGAUGUACACAAGAUGUUGUCUAAACACUUCACUAAACUAAUACCUGAUGGCAAAGCUAACAAGGUUUUCUUCCCUCUUUGUGGCAAAGCUGUUGAUAUGAGCUGGUUAGCCAGCCAAGGCUAUAACAUAGUUGGAGUGGAUGGAGUCAAGAAAGCAUUGGAGGAGUUUUUUACAGACCAAGGCAUUGAAUAUUCUGUUGAAGAUGUUAACCACAAUGGGCACAACUUUAAAUUAUUUAAGAGUAAAGAUGGAAAGAUUCGGCUGUACUGUACAGAUAUUUUUAACUUUACUCCUGACAUUGAAGGAACAUUUGAUGCAGUAUGGGACAGGGGAGCUCUGGUUGCACUAAACAGAGAGGAUGUUUCUGGAUAUGUAAAGAACAUGAAGAAACUUCUAAGUCCUAAUGGUAGAAUCUUAAUGGAAGUCAUGGAAUAUGAUGUUUCAAUCAUGGAUGGUCUUGAAGGUCCAAGCAAACCACCCCCACCCCAUCCAAUGUAUGAAGAUCAGAUCAAGGCUUUAUAUGAGCCAGAAUGUGAAGUCCAUUUCAUUGAAAGAGAUGAUCGUCAAAUACAAGGGAGGGAUGUUAAUACUGCAAUUUAUAAUAUUAUCAAGUUGCCUUAAAUGCUAUUAGAUUUAUUAUCUUUAAAAAUGCAUUGUCUUUCUAUUUUCACGUUUGUUUAACUAUAACAGCACUGCAUCAGAUUACUGACUCUUUAAUGUAUGUAUUUUAACCGGGUAUUAUAAUAUUUAGAUCUAUUUAAAUACUGUUUUUAGUUUUCAGGUGAAGUAUCCAUUUUGAUACUGAGUGUAAAGGAAGUAAAUAAUUACCUUGUUUAAUAAUAACCUAGCAAACUUUUAAAAAAUUGCUCACAUAUAUAUCAUGUUUAUUUGUUGCAAAUUUUGUAAAACAGAGUUUCUGUCAGAUUUUUUUAUUAAUUUAAAUACUAGAACUAUAUGUUUUACUUCUACUGAUACAAAAGCCAUCUCGUUUUAAUGAUCACUUAAAAACUUAUUGUAGAUUUAUUCUUGGAUGACUUACUGAAUUUUUAAAUGUAGCCUUGUCUUAAGAGAUGUUAAUGUAUUAAAAUGUGUCUUCA